UAUUCAGGUUUCAUGUGGUUCGAGCAGUUUUAUUCGGGUGUGAUCACGCUCGCAUUUGUAGCAGGAGCUUGCUACAUGAGCUAUCCUUUCAACAUCUGGGACACGGGAAGAGCCUACAGAAGAGACUAUUGUACACCAGCAAGGAUCGCUUUGUCCAAGCGUGAUCAUCGGCUAACCGGAAAUCAGUACGUCAUCUCCGACCUGAAUUCAAUCAGCGACUAAGAUAGGAUAUGCUUACUUCCGUUAUUAUGUGAAGUCGACUAGUAAAUUAGAACAUUGUGCAUGUAGAUGAACUGUAUAUUUUUGGGUUUGCAUCUUCUUCGAGCCGAAGUGUCUCCCUAGAUGAGAUUCGGCAUCUAUCAUUUCCUGUUGGA